GCCUAUAAAGAGGAGGCAUUGCCACCCUCUUUGCACAUAUCAUCUCCUUGACUUCAAAUCUUUUCUCUUUUUCUGAGUUCUGACUCUUAAAAAAAUCCUUCUCAUUACUCUUUUUCCCUUGCAGAUUUUUCAUAACCUUAAAGAGCUUAUCUUUUCUUUUUAUAAUAAUCUCUGUUCCACCAUUAUUGUGUUGGCAGAUAUAUACAAAAGAAUCAAUGGCAUCAAGCUCAAUGUCCUCACGUGGGUCUGGUUCCUGGACUGCACAGCAGAACAAAGCUUUCGAAAGGGCUUUGGCUGUGUACGAUAAGGACACCCCUGACCGUUGGGCCAAUGUCGCCAGAGCAGUUGGAGGGAAAACUGCCGAAGAAGUGAAGAGGCACUAUGAUCUUCUUGUGGAGGAUGUCAAGUAUAUUGAGUCCGGCCGAGUUCCCUUCCCUAAUUACAGGACCACUGGAGGAUGAAUAAUAUGAAGCUGCAGUGAGUUAGAAGAAAGCUGAAGAAUCAUCAACAGCAAGCAAUCAAGAAGAAUCCUUAAUCUAUUAUCCAUUAUUGUAUUAGAAGCCGUACUUGUUAGUAAAUGUUCUCGUAGUAGACCUACUUCAAGAAUCGUCUAUGCAGAUUCUACUCUUUUAAAUAAGUUUUGUCUUUUUCUCUCUUUUUUUUUUUUGUGUUCUUAUUGUGGUGUAUUAUGCUCCUGUGUUGCUAUAUAAAUGUAUCAAAAGAAGGAAGGCACUUUGAAUCUUGAAUUCUCAUGUGCUUUCCAAUGUGUAAGCUUACAUAAUAAAUAUUUUGUUUAAUUAUUA